AACUACGGUGUCUUGCUCAGCAAGAUCAAUGACCUUCAGAUAGUCGAGCUGCCAGUCCCCACUCCCGGCCCCGGUCAAGUCCAAGUCCAAGUCAAGGCCACUGGCAUCUGUGGCUCUGAUAUCCAUCUGUGGAAGUACGGUGAGAUCGGUAUCUUCCCCGUCACCCAGCCUCAACUGCUCGGCCACGAGAGCGCUGGUAUUGUCACUGCCGUUGCCCCCGAUGUCACCGACUUGAAGGUUGGUGACCGAGUUGCAAUCGAAGCUGGCAUUCCUUGCUCCAAAUGUAACCAGUGCAUGAGUGGCCGGUACCAUUUAUGCCCGACCGUGGUCUUCAAAUCGACGCCACCCUACGACGGUCUUUUGGCCAAGUAUAUCAUCCACCCUUCGCGCUGGCUGCACAAGAUUCCCGACAACAUCACCUACGAGCAAGGCGCCCUUCUGGAGCCACUAAGCGUUGCGAUUGCCGCCGUCGAGCGCGUUGGCGCAACCUUUGGUCGCUCCUUGCUGGUCACUGGCUGUGGCCCCAUUGGUCUGAUGGUCCUUGCCGUCGCCAAAGCCAUUGGCGUUUCUCCCGUCAUUGUCACCGAUGUCCAGCCCUCUCGUUUGGAAUACGCCGAGAGGAUGGGUGCGGACUACACCUACCAGGUCAACCCCAAGCUCUCUGAUGUCGACAUUGCUCGUGAUAUCCGUGCACUGACCCAGGACAGUGAAGGUGUUGAGUACUCGUUGGAAUGCACUGGUAUUGAGUCGUCGUUCCGUGCAGCCAUCAUGGCCACGCGCGAUGCAGGCACCUGCUGCUUGGUCGGCGUCGGCAAGAACGAUCAGUCCUUGCCCGUCAACAACUUUGCCAUGCGCGAAGUCGACAUUCGUGGCUUGUUCCGCUAC